AUGUCGGAGCUACACGAAGCGCUCGCGUGCCUCCGGCCGAAAGAGUUCAGCGACGUCCCUACCGACAACCUCCAGACAUUCCUAUCCGAAAUACUGGCCAAAGCAGAAGUGAUCGCGAACUGUGUGCCUCCACCACCCAAUGGAACCCCUUACGAGUCGUCACAACGAACCCGAACCGAGCAAGAACCUGCAACCGGCUCUAAGGACCUCACAAUUUCCCAAGUCCGCCGGCCACCACCUGCGCCAGAGCAUGAAGAGCUUCAGAAGUCAUGGGGCAAGCCUGUGAAGCUAGGGAACAAUGACGCCGCUACAGGCAUGAGCGUAUACAAGAUGGCCGGAAAGGACAGGCACGGUGCCUGGUUUUCGCGCUCGAGUGUACACGAGGGCCUCGGUUUCGAGAAGUGGAAGCGCGCCAUGAAGAGGGAGUUCCCAGAGAGUCUGGAAGUCCAGGGCGGCCCCGGCGAGGGCAACAUACGAGGCAUUGGAGGCGACCAGCGGCUAGAGGAUAUGACAGUCGACGGCGUUGGUCAACUGCAAGUCUACCAGCUGUCCGCGCAAUUCCCUGGCCCAACCUCACCGCGAGAGUUUAUCACCCUACUCAUCACCUCGGAUACAUGUCUUACCGAUGCCUCCAAAGUCGCCAACUCAACACCGCGACACUUCAUGGUCGUUUCCAUACCCUGUUCACAUCCCGAUGCGCCGCCGCGAAGCAACAUGGUGCGAGGCUUCUACGAGUCGAUCGAGAUGAUCAGGGAGAUACCCAUGGGCGACGGCGACGCAGAGACCAACCCUAUCGAGUGGAUAAUGGUCACCCGCAGUGAUCCUGGUGGUGGUAUUCCUCGAUUCAUGGUCGAGCGGAAUGUGCCUAGCAGCAUAGUCCAGGACGCGGUCAAAUUCCUCGACUGGGCGUGUGCCAAAGACGACGACGUCGAGGAAGAUGGAAUGACAGGCAAAGACGACUCCGCGGAGACGCCCAAAGCGCACGACACUGGGCGGACAUUCUCCGCGACUGACGCGAACGGCAUGGGUGCCGGAGUAGGAACCAGCAUAGUGGACAAGACUGGGGAGGCUGGCAGCCAAUACAGCUUACAACGCACAAGAUCCGAUAGCUCCUCCAGCUCGUCGUCUUCCGGCGAGUCUUUCGCAUCUGCAGAACAGUUCACUACUGCACGCGAAGGACUCCCAAUCGACCGAGAAAUCCCGACACCAUCAACUUCGUCGCAACAGUCCCUACCGUUGACAGAAGACAGCCCGCAUCACAAGGGCUUACAAAAGAUUGAAGAAAAGAAGGAACAGCUGAAGGCGAAACUCGAGCAAGCGCGCGAAAAGCAGGAGUCGGGACUACAAGCUGAAAGCCAGAAGGCGAAUGCGGACAUGCAAAAGGCGAAUGAGAAGCACGAAAGGGAGAAGAAGAAACAGAAAGAGAAGUAUGAGAAAGAGAUGCGCAAACUCGAGGAGCGUCGCGAGAAGGAGACACGGAAACUGCUCCUUCGCCAGCAGAAGGAAGCAGAUAAGAACCAACUUGCCAAAGCGCAACGCGAGCGGGACGAGUUCAAGCAACGCGUGGAGAUACUGGAGCAGGAGAACAAGUUGAUUAAGGAGCAGAUUGGUGACCUGCAACAUGAAAACACGACGCUCGUAUCUCGGUUGGGAAAGACUCCCGAGGGCAUUGAGAUUCUGAGGUCAAUCAAGGAGGGGGAUAAGGGUAGAGUGAGGGCAAGCUCAAGAACGAGUGUCAGCUCCGGGAUGAGUGGAACGAGGAGCAAAGGUUCGAGUGGUUCGUCGAACACACUGCCUAGGGCUGGUACAACAAACUUUUGA